CCUCUUCUCUGGGCGGUUCCAGUCUGAAAGAGACGUUUACGAAGAAAGCUCACCAACAAAACUAUCAGCGCAGACACAAACAUGGCGCCUGCCUCCGCCGACAACUUCAUAUGAAAGUGUGGCGAAGAAGUGGAGCAAAGUUUAAGAGGAGUACUUCGAAGUGCCCUUAUUUAGCGCGCCUUCCUGGUUUUAACCUGCCUCGGUUUGCACGGAGAGAAACACGGAAUAUAUCAAGCGGGUAAAAACAGCAAGUUGCCUUCAUGUCAACAUUGUCUCGCGCUGCAGUGUAAACAGCUGGUACGUCCAGCCAUGAUUGAGGACAAGGGUCACCGUGUAACCGACUACUUUGUGGUUGCCGGGCUGACAGACAAGUCCAAGCCCCUGGAGCAGGACCUGUCAGAGGCAAAGUCCGGCGGGCCCAAAGCACCCAUCACAGACUUGGCCGUCAUUAACAAGUCAGCAGGAGAAACUGUGCCCGAGGGUUUUACGUGCAUCGACAGCACAUACAGCGGCCAGCCCGCCAACCUUAAUCACGGCAGUCUUAAGAGCCCAGAGCUGUUUCUGUGCUACAAGAGGAGCCGAGGGAAGCCUCCACUCAUUGAUAUCGGGGUGCUGUAUGAGGGUAAGGAGCGUCUGAUCCAGGGCUGCGAGGUCAUCCAGGCCACGCCGUACGGCCGCUGUGCCAAUGUCAACAACAGCUCGGCUAACUCGCAGCGCAUCUUCAUCACCUUCCGCAGAGCGCCGCCCGUCCAGCCUCAGAACUCUCUGGCGGUGACGGACAUCUGCGUCAUCGUCACCAGCAAGGGCGAGACACCUCCUCAUACCUUCUGUAAGGUGGACAAGAACCUCAACUGUGGCAUGUGGGGAUCCAAUGUGUUCCUGUGCUACAAGAAAUCAGUGUCUGCGUCCAAUUCUAUCAGCUACAAAGCAGGUCUCAUCUUCCGCUAUCCAGAAGAAGACUAUGAGUCUUUCCCUCUAUCAGAAUCUGUGCCUCUGUUUUGUUUGCCCAUGGGUGCCAAGAUCGAGUGUUGGGCACAAAACACACGAGAUCCUCUGCCUGUCUUCUCCACAUUUGUCUUAACCAUCUCCUCUGGGGAAAAGGUAUAUGGAUCAGCCAUCCAGUUCUACGAGCCGUAUCCAAUAGAUCUGCUGAGUGAGAAGCAGAAGAUCCAGUUGGGUUUGCUCACCACAGUGGAGAAGAAGAUGAUCCCCAACAGACCGGUGAACACCAACAAAUGCAUCUGCUUGCUCUCCCACUGGCCUUUCUUUGAGUCCUUCCGCAAGUUUCUCAUGUUCCUGUACAAGCUGUCCGUCUCCGGCCCACACCCUCUACCCAUUGAAAAGCACAUCUCACACUUCAUGCACAACGUGUCCUUCCCCUCUCCACAGAGGCCAAGAAUACUAGUCCAGCUCUCGGCACAUGACACCCUGAUCCUCUCCCAGCCUGUGUGUACGCCCUUACCCCUCAGCGGGGCAGAUUACGGCACACUGCUAAUGAAUCUGGGCCCAGAGAACUGCGCCACGCUGCUGCACUUUGUCCUGCUGGAGAGUAAGAUCCUGCUGCACUCACUCCGGCCCGCUGUGCUCACUGGAGUGGCUGAGGCCGUGGUGGCUAUGAUUUUCCCCUUCCAGUGGCAGUGUCCCUACAUCCCCCUGUGCCCGCUGUCUUUAGCCCAGGUCCUCAACGCUCCUUGUCCGUUUAUAGUGGGUGUGGACUCCCGCUACUUCGACCUGUAUGACCCCCCGCCAGAUGUCGUCUGUGUAGAUCUGGACACCAACACUAUCUACUUGUCAGAUGAAAAGAGACACAACAACUGGAAGAACCUCCCAAAGAAGCCCUGCAAGAGUCUCAUUAACUCGCUGAGCAACUUGCACCACCAGCUGGCCACUGUUGCAGUUCGCCAAACGGCACAAGAAGGCUCAGCAGUGGACAUGACCCCCAUCGAGGCUGACUUCACCUGGCACAAGAAGAAGACAGCCCUGGAGAUGGAAAUCCAGGAGGCCUUUCUUCGUUUCAUGGCCUCUAUUCUGAAGGGCUACCGCUCCUACCUCAAACCCAUCACCCAGGCGCCCUCUGAGAAGGCCACAGCCGCAGACUCCCUCUAUGAUCUGCAAGGGUUUCUCAAAAGCAGAGACCGUGCUCAUCAGAAGUUUUACUCUCAGCUCACCAAGACCCAGAUCUUUAUCCGCUUCAUCGAGGAGUGCACCUUCGUCAGUGACAAAGACACUGGCCUGGCUUUCUUCGACGACUGUGUGGAGAAGCUUUUUCCUUCUGAUAAAAUCACGGACAAGGGCACCAAGGUUGAAGGGGAGUCAUCUGAGGACACGAAGCUGCUGGAGCUGGAUGAGUCCCAGAAGAGUGAGCACACUGUCUUUGUUAUGCCUCCUGAACCUCCACCUGACGACGGGCCUGAACCAGUUCCCAAAUACACAUAUAAAAGUUUCCCGAGGCUGCACAUAGGGCUGUUUGACUGUCCUAAAGAGUUACGGCCAGCGAUUAGCAGCAGAACAGCAGGCGCCAGUGAGUCCAGCAGCCCUGCACUGCUGGCUAAGAGGACCAAGCAGGAGAUCAAGCUAGCUUACAAGAUGGCCAAGCGCUUCUACUCCAACCCUCAACUGUGGGCCCGCUGUCUGUUCAGUCACUGCUACAGCCUCUGGUUCAUCUGCCUGCCUGCAGCUGUGCGACUGUCCAAGUCAAAAAGUCGCGCCAUGCAGCAGGCGUACAAUGUCCUCCUUAAGAUGAGGACCAAUGAGGUGGAGGUGCUUGAUGAGGUGUGUUACAGAGUCGUGAUGCAGCUCUGUGGUGUGUGGGGUCUUCCUGUUAUGGCUGUAAGAGUUCUCGUAGAGAUGAAGAAGGCAGGGUUGCUCCCAAACGCCAUUACAUAUGGAUACUACAACAAGGCGGUCUUAGAGAGCCCAUGGCCGAGCAGAAACCGGAGCGGCCUCUUUAUGUGGACCAAGCUCCGUAAUGUGGUCCGUGGAGUGGCCCAGUUCAAGCAAGCUCUUGACAGGACGUCCUCAAAGACAGGAGCCACACAUAGUACCACAGCUGCAUCUAAAAGUGGGUCAGUAGUCACGGACGCUGACCGUUUAAGUCAUGGAAGUGCUGACAGCUCAAGCGAGGUCAACGGGGAGGAGCCUAACUUGUUCACUCACAGCCACAGCUUGGAAGACACCACAGACAACCACUGUAGUACAGGAAGACAAUCUGACCAAGGCUACGGCUCAAAGGAUGAGUUACACCAGGAGCUUGCGGAGCCUCCACUUUCAAAUCUUCUUUCUUCUGAGGAGAAAAACGACUCCAAAACACAGCAUAAUGGAGGGGACAUUGCUGGUUCAGUGGACAGUGCUGUAGCAGAGCCCCCCAGUCCUGUUGAUGUGCCCUCACCUGUCCCAAGUAUUGUGAAGCUGUCCACAGGGAGCUUUGAUGCUGGAAGGGAAACAGGUGGAGGGAAGCUGUUCAGGAGACAAAGCAAGUCCGAUAACGUGUCCCUCCCUGAUGACGAUGCCCCGCUAGCAUCAGGCGACGUAGCCAGCCAGACUCAGCAGCAGCGGCAGAAGUCCUUUGCUGAGCGCAGCUGUAGCUUCAGCGCUGAAAGCCGUGCUGGGAUGCUCCUAGAGAAAGGCGUGGACCAUAUGGCGAGUCAGAUGGGUGCAGAUGCUCGCAUCUUGGCUGCUGCUUUGUCUUCCGGCCAAAGUCCACCUCCAAAUAGUGUGUCCAAAGCACUUUUUAAAGACCUAGAGGAAGAGCCUGAAGAGGAUCAGGGUUUGAUACUGGGUAAACUAAAUGAGGAGGAGGGGGCUGAAGCAGCAGAAGAAAGGAAAGGAGAUGAUACAGCGGUAGAGCGGACUGAGGUUAAAAAGGAGAAGCGGGAGAGGAAACAGACUGAGUCACAUGAGGAUGAGUCUGGUCUACGAGGAGCAACGCUAGAGAGGGAAGACGUGGAGGCAGGAGCUGACCCUCUUUCCCUCCUGGUGUCAGAGAGCGAAGAGUCGGCCUCUGUCACCAGCCAGGAGCCGCCGCGCUCUGUGCCUGUUGUGGUGUCCCGCAACCUGGCUGAGGAGAUCGAGAUGUACAUGAGCCUGAGGAGCCCACUGGGUGCAAAAUCUUCUAGUAUGGAGCUCCAGCAGGCUCAGGGAGACUCUGCAGACACCCCACAGCCGAAACCUUCUCUGGAGCGCAGGUCCAGCCUCCCUGUGCCUCCUGUGAAAACUCCAACCGGCUCUCCAGGGGAUACACCCAGACGCAGCCCAAACACUGUCACUCGCUCUAAGACUUUUGCUGUAAAGACAAAACCCUCUGCUAGCACUGUAGGGAGUCCUAGAUCAACCUCACUGACAGCGCUGGUGAAGUCCUCACAGGGAGGGUCACUGGGCUCUGUCAUCAACUCUAUUUCAGGCAUCAAGAUGGACACGCUCUUGUCUGGACCUAAGAUUGACGUGCUGAGAUCUAGCAUGAAACAGGCGGCAAAUGUGGCCAGCAAAGUGUGGGGGGCAGUCGCUUCAGCGUACUCUUACUCAGAUGAUGAGGAUGAACAUACUCAGGGAGGAGGCGGCUUCCCAUCACGUCUUGAUGACAACAUGCUGGCUGAUCAUGAAGUCGAUGACAGUCCUGACAGGGGAGUCAUACCUGGGUUGGUGGCGAACGGCUUGAACCAGAGCUGCACCAGCCUGGGCAGCAGCAGUGGCAGCAGCGACACAGGCCGAGGGACCCACCAGACACAUCCAAUUCCAGGACGAGCAGGCAGGGGUCCAGACUCGGAGCAGGGCUCUUCACAUCAUGCCUCCUCCUCUAGUAUUUACCAGAACUGUGCACUGGAGGUGCUGAUGUCCAGUUGCUCCCAGUGCCGCUCUUGUGAAGCUCUGGUGUACGAUGAGGAGAUAAUGGCCGGCUGGACAGCUGAUGACUCCAAUCUAAAUACCAACUGUCCUUUCUGUCGCACAGCCUUUCUCCCCUUGCUGCAUGUGGAGUUUCAUGACCUGCGCACAAUGACCGGGUUCUACGUGAAUCCCAGUGCCUCAGGAGACAGCAUCCACAGCACCAGUGCCCAGCCCACAGCCAGCAGCUCAGCUGAUAUCAAAACACCAGACCUCAUCAGUUUCCCUGAAGAGGAACCAAAGGCGACUCCAGAUAACCGGCCUGGAGCACAUAAGAGUUUGAUUCCGGAGCCGGUGCAGUCGGACCCCUUGGGCCUCUUGGAGCACCAGGCUGCAGGAAAGCAGCAGAAAUGCAGUGGGACGUCACUGACACGUAGCAACAGCGUCGGUGGGCCGCUGCAGAGCCUGGACUACUCUCAGAGACCUGGACAUGGAGUGUCCACCACCAGCCUGCCCUGCAGCCUGCAGGAAGUGUCGGAUGGAAUGGGGACUAAACGGCCGAACCCCAAGCAUGUGUCUGUGCCUUACCUCAGCCCGUUGGUGCUACGAAAAGAGCUGGAGACUCUGUUAGAGAAUGAGGGAGAUCAGGUGAUCUACACCCACAAGUUCCUCAGCCAGCACCCCAUCAUCUUCUGGAACCUGGUGUGGUAUUUCCGUCGCUUGGACCUGCCCAGUCACUUACCGGGGCUCAUUCUCACCUCUGAACACUGCAACAAAGGAGUACAGCUACCCCUGACAUCACUGUCCCAGGACAGUAAGCAGGUUUACGUGCAGCUCCUGUGGGACAACAUCAACCUGCACCAGGAACACGGAGAACCUCUGUACCUGCAGUGGAGGGCAUUUAUGGAGAUGAAGGGGACUUUGGCUCCGACAGACCACCAGGAGAUCCGUACCCUACUCAACACGAUAGUUCGCAACAUCCAGACCAAUGAUGUAUACGGGCCAAUCAACCUGCUGAUCAGAGAGAUCAAACGACGCCCAGAGGGGGUCAAACGACAAAGGAGUAUCUACAGAGAAAUCUUGUUCCUCUCACUGGUGGCCUUAGGAAAGGAGAACAUCGACGUAGAGGCCUUUGACAGGGAGUACCGCCUGGCUUAUGAUGAACUGAGCGCCGAGCAGCUCAAGUCUUUGCAUCGGAUUGAUCGGCCACCCAGCCCUAGCGUCCAGUGGUGUCUUAAAUGCUUUGGUACUCCAUUCAUCUGAUGGGAACACUGACUGGCGAAGCUCUACAGCAAGAGGGAAGGGUUGGUGGCAGGGGAAAACGAAUUUAAACACCUCCAUGGUACUACUACUUCCCCCUUUCUUUAGAAGACAUUCAUUUUCAGCUUUUGUACAACUUGUCAUCGACUUUACAGUGGGACGCUUUGUGUAAAUAGGAUGGACAACUGCAGUGACUCUUUGGGGACUAGUUGAGGUGUGUUUCUUUAAAGAUGGUGUAUAGAUUGAAUAAUCCCUGUACAGAAUGUAUUGACCGCCCCGAUGGUGUAGACAUGUCAGAGAUCUUCACCUUUUUGCGUAUUUGCUCUAAUCUGUGCUAACUGUCCCCAGAUUGGAUCAAUCUGAGGGUGUACAAACCCUGUCUGUUGAUUUGUGCACUUUCUUAACAACAGCUGAAGUCCACUCAUCUUUUUGUACAUAAUGUUUACUAAGGAGGGGAAGGGGUUGCAACAAGUCUUAAUGAAUGUUUCCUUAGUUUCUCUACAGAUGUACAGGUUCAGAGUGAGGCUCUCUGUGUAAAUAGGAAUCAGAAGCACAGAUGUAAUUGUGAGAGGACUGACGACAAUCACUAAUAAUCACAAAAAUUGAUUCUGCAACAUUCCAGAUGCCUGUCAGUAACAAUGGUCUUAAAGUAUUUUAACCCUUUCAAUGCUACUGAACAGAUUUAAAGCAGCCAUUCAGAGUGAGAAUAUUAAAAAAACAGACAUCAGUGGGUGGUUGAAAGGCAUGCGUAGUAAUACUAGACACAUGUUCUCCUGCAGGGAAAGCCAGCCUUAGUGAUGGAGCGGUCAGUCCUGUUUGUGUUUUUAAUAUCUGCAUUUUUAACCUUGUUGAGCUGAUAUGGCUUGUUGUAAUAUUCAGUUAGAGCUGUCACAUUCAAAUGCAGGGGCUACUCACCCUAGCUUUGCCUGAAAUAUUAAGGGUUUUUAUCAGGUCUAUUUCUGUGGACAAAAUUGCUUUUAUGGUUUACACUCAGUAGGUUUGGAUGAUAAUGGUAGCAAUUAGAGCUUUAUACUGCAAAGGGCUUCUUCAUGACUGCUGUCACUGUGUUCAUUUCACAACAUAACAUUCCACUUAGACAUAAGAUGGCUGUGGGAAAAGGGUGUAGAUAGAUACAUAGAUGAUUCUAUUGUAGAGUUGGGAGAGUGCCUUGUACAGAGACGAUGAUAUUGUGAAAUAAUAAAUUGCACUGCAUAGAUGAAACCCUGACCUAAACCCAGGAUGAGAAUGAAUUAAGAUCUUUACAAAAGAUGAACAGCAGAUCGUUGUUUUUCUCCAAAACUAAAAAAAAUGCUCAAUUAUUUAUUUUUGUAUUCUUGACAUUCUGAUUGCAGACAGUGUAGUACCAUAGCAUUUUUAUCACUAACAAUCUCCCUUUCCCUUUUAAACUUUUCCACCCUGUACUUACUUUGUAAAUUUUCCCUCUCUAUGAUGGAGGAUGUACAGAAGAGACUGUUCUUUAACAACAGAUUAAAAGAUCUCUUACCGUCCUGUGGAAAGGAACUGAAUGUCUACACUUAAGUCCGCUGCAAUAAAUGAGUUUGUGAACU